CAAGUACGUUGCAGUCUUUUAUUGCUCUCGUUUUUUGUAACAUUUACCUGUGAAAACCGUAGCGUUUUUUCGUCAAAAGUGCACUCACGUGUACUAUCAGAACAAUACUAAUCAACCGUGUAUAGUGCUUGAAAAUUGAUAGCCGUUAUCGGUAGAAAUCGGUGAAAAAGAUCUACCUCUUGUGACCGAAAGUGCCGCAGCCUUCAAUUUCAUCGGUUGGCUCCCUACUAGGCCGUUCUACGGCUGAGGGUCAGGGGAAGGGGCUAGACAAUGACGACUGUUGCUUGUAACGUGUGCUCGAUGAAGAUCGUCUCUGAAAACGACAGAAUAUACUGCUUCGGUGGAUGUGAUCAAAUUCUGCACACACGCUGCUCUGAUCUUAGUGAUGCUGCUGCCAAAGCUGUACGUGAAAACAAUGCAUUGCAGUAUAUGUGUUUUGCCUGCAGGAAAAAACAAACCUCACUGAAUGACUUCCAGAAGCAAUUUACCCAGUUGGCAAAAAAAGUAGACGAACUGUUCGAUUGCAUCGAUAAAAUUAAUCUGACGCUACCGAAUUUGGUUAGAGCGGAGUUCGAAAAAAAUAAUGCAGCACUACUGCCUAGUGUUCUCUCGGCUCUUAGUGAUAAAAGUAGAGGCUGUAGCGUGCCAUCUGUGGCCGUGUUUGAAUCUUCUGCUGCCGCUGCUGUUGACAAACCUUCCUAUGCGAAUGUUGUUCGGGAUUCGGAUGAUUUAAACUCGAAGGGGAAAAAGCGCAAAGCUGCUGAUGAUUUAAAUACCAACCGACAAAAGCGUAAAGUAUCGUCUGAGGAUUCAGCGAUGUUUACUCGUGAUGCUGCAGAAUCUGCCAAUAACACUUCGGAAGGUGGUCUAUUACGCUCAGGUAAACGUCGUAACAAUGUGCAACUACCUAUGAACAACCCGAUCAGCACCCCACUUCUGCAACCGCUACCCUUUGUCUCUUGUCAAAGCCCGUGCUCUCCGCAACGCAAAUCUAGUACGAUUAUGAAAAUGGAACAAACAGUUUUGAUUAAGCCAAAUGCUGCACAACCUGCUGAUGCUACUAAAAGCGACAUAUGUGAAAAACUUGACCCGAUUGAAUUUGCCGUUAAAGAGCUGCGAAUGAAAGAGUCUGGUGAAGUGGUUAUUCGAUGUGAGAAUCAGCACCUAGCGUCAAAACUUUUCAAGGCUGCCACUGAUCGGUUGUCAGAGAAAUACACCGUCAGCACUCCGAAGCCGUUGAAACCGAGACUUAAAAUUGUGGGUUUUUCUAAGAGCAUGAACGAAGAAAAGCUAGUAGACUGCCUGAAGAAGCAAAACCAAGCGGCCAGUUCGCUGGAUAUACAAGUCAUUCGGAUCACCUGUAAUGAUAAACGAAAAUCAAAUCAAAUGACUGCCAUACUCGAAACUGACGCACGGGGAUUUGACGUAUUAAUGAAUCUCGAGCGAGUUAUCCUGGCAUGGGAUCGGUGCAGAGUCACGGAGGCGACCGAUGUUGGUCGCUGCUUCAACUGCUCGGAAUACGGACAUAAAGCAGCAGCUUGUGCCAAACCUCCUUGCUGCCCCAAGUGUUCUGGCGAUCACAAAAUCGACCAAUGCCAGGAAGACGCAAAAAAAUGUGUUAAUUGCCAUCAAUUUAAUACCAAACGACAGCCGCCCCCUGACGAGCUGCUUGAUGUCACCCAUUCAUCGUGGAGCAGUGAUUGUCCCAUCUACCAGAAACAACUGAAGAAAGCUCGACAGCGUAUCGAUUUCUCAAUAUAGCAAUUAAAUGCCAAAACAUCUGAUGAUUUCUCGACAGCCGCUUCUAACCAGUGGAAAGAUCUGGUUUGUCCAGGUAAUACUUUUUUAAAUAUAUGUCCUACCGAAGCUUUUGUGGAUACUGCGCCCUCCCUCAAUCGUAUUCAACUACUCCCGAUUAGAUUGGACUCGGAUUCAACCAGCCCAGUUGAUGUCAUCUGUACUCACCAAUUAUCUGAGCAAGCUUGGUCGAAAUCAGACACCGAUUCUUCCGCAAUAACAUCGUGGACUUCAUCAUCGCUGGAUCAUUAUCACCAACUAAACGAACUGGUUGGCCCAGACGAACCCGGAGUUAAACUUCACCGUUCACUCUGCUGAAGCUGCUCUGGUCAAUCGGACCCUGCCACCAGACGCGAUCACUAUUCAUAAACCGAACGAUCAAUCUUUCAGAAAAUUAGAAGUCUACUACCAGAACGUCCGUGGUCUGCGCACAAAAAUAGAUGAUUUUCUUCUAGCAGUAUCUGAAUCAUGUUACGAUGUCAUAGUCUUGACUGAAACAUGGCUCGACGAUAAGAUAUAUUCUUCUCAAUUAUUCGGAAAUUCUUAUGUCGUAUACCGAAUGGAUCGUAACCGCUUUAAUAGCACAAAAACUCGCGGUGGUGGAGUUCUCAUUGCUGUGUCAGUUUCACUAAACAGUUGCAAGGAUCGAACUCCCGUAG